CCUAGUUAUCAAGCGGCCAGGCUAAGUCCGCAGAUACGGUACGAAUUGACUUCAACGAUGAAGGCGAUUCUUGCCACUUUCGCCUUAAUUGUGGCAGUAUUUGUGAUUUUAGAUACAGGUUCGGCCAUCAAAUGUUUCCAGUGUAACUCGUAUCAUCAGCAUGAUUGUGCAGACUGGUUCGACAACGUCACACAACACUUGACACAGUGUAAAGAUGAUGAAACCCUUUGUCGGAAGGUUGUGCAGGAAGUAUAUUUUGAUGGCAAGUGGGAGGUCCGCUACGUCCGACAAUGUGCGAGUGCAGGGGUGAUUGGGAUGUACGAAGGGCGGGUGUGCCAGGAACGUCUCGGAACGUACCGUGUGAAGAUGCGAUACUGUCACUGUGACAACCAGGAUGGCUGCAACAGCGGUGCAACUUUGACGACGUUGACACCAGUCAUAGUGGGAAUAGUUGUGACAUUAUUUCAAUAUGUGCUGCCAAAGUUAUGAAGAUCAAACAUUUUGGACCUUUACCCUGGGGAAUCACAAGAUCUAUGCAAGUCUUGAGAAAAAACAUAUGACCAAUAAGCUGAGAUGAUGAUUGUAAGAAACAUAUGUCUACAUAUCAAUCAACAUACCAAUCAUGCUGCUGAAAUGCAUGCCAGUUAACAAAUUCAUGUCUCCUCCAGAUUUCAAGAAAAAAAAUAUUUUCCAUGAGUAGACACAUUGAAAGUAUCCAAGUUACUUUCCAAUUUUUAUGUGGCAUAAGCAUGUUUGUUAUUUUCAGUCAUGUGAAAUGUUUUCCACCCAACUUAUGCUACAACCAUUAGACAUUAAGAGAGGUUCUACUUCCUCAUUACAUCAUUUAACUGAAAUGACAACUGUUGAGAAACAUGAUUAUUGUUUAAUCAGCCAGUUGAUAACCAUCGUGCCUAUAGUCAUUCUUUAUCAUGAAUGCUUGUAUCCACAUCAGUAAGGGUGACAUGUUAUCAGUUGAAACUGUUUUUGUGACAAAAGUAUUUUCAUUAUUUAGAGUCAUAUGAAAUGUUUUCUUCCCGUGUUUUGGUAUAACCAUUCUACUAUAAGAGAGAGGUUAUUCUUUUUGCUACACAAUAUGUAACUAGGGAGUUCUUCGUGUUUUACCAUACUGUUAUUCCACCUCGGAGAAAGAGCCAUAUCUGAUACACUAUACUAGUACCAUGUAAAUCACCAAAAUUCAUUAUCAGUUCUUGAAUUUUGAUACGUCAGAAUUUGAGGAGAAAACAAUUGUUAGUUAAUGUGUACUGAUUUAUCAGAUAAUAACCAUCCUGUCCAUAGCUGGUCAUUGUCAUGAUUGCUUAUAUCCUCGUAACAGCCAUCAACCAUUGACCUGUUGUACAUAGCGACUCCUGUAUAUUUGUACAUUUGAUAUAUCUUUUAUACAGAUCACUUAAUCAAACAUGAAUGUCUUUAUCCAUGUAGUAAUAUCUCUAGAUAGGUGACCAUUUAAUUCUUCUGAUAAUUUACCAUCAUAAGGUUUAAUUAGUUUAUUUGAAUAAAAAUACAAAUUAAUUUCUCCACUUGUUCAUAUUAGCUUAACAUUUUUAAAACGAUUUUUUAGAAAAAAUGUGAUUUGAGUCCAAGAUAAUAGUCACAGACAUAAAUAUUGACCUUCUCUUGCCUGUCAAAGGUCUUGAAUUUUUGACCUGUUCAUAUAGCUCUAUAUUGUCAUUACUUACAAUGAACAAGGCAGUUUCUUGCAUGGUAUAAGAAUUAUUGUUCUAAUACCAUUCUCAUAAUGGAUGUAAAAUCUGUAGGUAUUAUGUAUGUCAUUUAGUUUUAUAUAUUAUGGCAAUACAGUGUUUUAUAAAUGAAAUGUGGCUUUUAGUAAUUUUAUCUUUUUUAAUAAAUAAUAAUUUUGUACAUGA